UUUUUUUUUUUUUUUUUUUUUUUCAGUUGUGUUUUUGGUUUUUCUGUUGUGUUUUUGUUUUUUUUCAGUUGUAUUUUGGGUUUUGCAGAACGUUUUUGAUUUUGCUGUUGUGUUUUUCUUCAGUUGUGUAUUUGGUGUUGCUGCUGUGUUUUUUUCAGUUGUGUAUUUGGUGUUGCUGUUGUGUUUUUGUUUUUUUCAGUUGUGUUUUUGGUUUUUCUGUUGUCUUUUGGGUUUUGCAGAACGUUUUUGGUUCUGCUGUUGUGUUUUUUUUUCAGUUGUGUUUUUGUUUUUUUCAGUUGUGUAUUUGGUUUUGCUGUUGUGUUUUGGGUUUUGCUGUUGUGUUUUGGGUUUUUCUGUUGUUUUUGUUUUUGUGGUUUUGCUGUUUGCAUUAUUCUGUUUGCUGUUGUGUUCUGUUUGCUGUUGUGUUCUUCUGUUUGCCGUUGCUUUUUUUUAUUGCUUUUGCAUAUUUGGUUUGUUAAAGUGUUUUGCACGUUUUGCACUAUUGCCAUUCUUUUGAGUUUAAACUGACAUUGACUGUUAAAGAUAGCUGAGGUGAAAAUAUUCAGAGUUCAAGGAGGUGACAUUGAAGAAGGCCUAUAAAAUACACUUGUAAGCUUCCUCACAGCCUGUGGAGUGCCAGUGUACUUCUUGAUGUAGGACUGAUUGAACUUACUGAAUACCCAAGGAUGGCUUGGCUUAUUUGUUUCUGUGUAUUUGCUGCAGUAAUCAUAGUGGCCUUUUAUCUGAGGAAAAUCCAUGCCUUUCUGUUAGAUGAUAGAGCUCCUCCAAACCUUCCUUCUCUCCCAAUUAUCGGGAGUCUUCUGAGCCUAAGGAGCGACAGCCCUCCGCAUAUUUUCUUUCAGCAGCUGCAGAAGAAAUAUGGAGGUAUUUAUUCGCUUAUGAUGGGCUCUCAUAAAGUUAUCAUCAUCAACAAUCAUCUCCAUGCAAAAGAGGUCCUGCUUAAGAAAGGGAAAAUAUUUGCAGGAAGACCACGCACUGUUACUACAGACAUUUUAACACGAGAUGGGAAAGACAUAGCAUUUGCUGACUAUAGUCCCACAUGGAAGUUUCAUCGAAAAAUUGUACAUGGGGCUCUGUGCAUGUUUGGAGAGGGAACUGCAUCUAUCGAGAAAAUAAUUUGCCGAGAGGCGAGUUCUAUGUGUGAAAUCCUGACCAGCUUGCAGAGCUCUGCAGUAGACUUGGCGCCGGAGCUGACCCGUGCUGUCACAAACGUAGUAUGUACCCUCUGUUUUAGCUCCUCAUAUAAACGUGGAGAUCCUGAGUUUGAAGCUAUGCUCCAGUACAGCCAGGGAAUUGUGGAUACAGUUGCCAAGGAUAGUUUGGUGGAUAUCUUUCCGUGGCUCCAGUUCUUUCCAAAUGAAGACCUCAGAAUUCUAAAGUGUUGUGUCUCCAUUAGAGACAAACUGCUUCAAAAGAAAUAUGAUGAACACAAGGCAGACUUUAGCGAUAACAUCCAGCGAGACCUGUUGGAUGCUCUACUGCGUGCCAAACACAGCUCGGAGAAUAACAACACAAGCACUCAUGUUGUCGGGCUUACUGAUGAUCAUCUACUCAUGACUGUAGGGGAUAUUUUUGGCGCUGGGGUGGAGACUACAACCACUGUGCUGAAGUGGUCCAUUCUUUAUCUUAUACAUCAUCCACAGGUUCAGAGAAAGAUUCAGGAGGAGUUGGACACUAAGAUUGGGAGGGAUCGGCACCCCCAGGCUAAUGACAGAAGAAAUCUGCCCUACCUGGAGGCCACCGUCAGAGAAGUGCUCCGAAUCCAGCCAGUCUCACCACUUCUCAUCCCUCACGUAGCUCUCUCAGACGCUAAUAUAGGAGAGUACAGUGUACAGAAAGGGACACGAGUCAUCGUUAACCUGUGGUCUUUGCACCACGAUGAAAAAGAGUGGAAAAACCCAGAACUAUUUAAUCCAGAGCGGUUCCUGGAUGAGGAAGGCAACAGUCUGUGCUGCCCAUCACUCAGUUAUCUACCAUUUGGUGCUGGUGUGCGUGUGUGUCUCGGUGAGGCUCUGGCCAAGUUGGAGCUCUUCCUCUUCCUGUCAUGGAUUCUGCAAAGGUUCACUCUGGAGGUACCCGCUGGUCAGCCCCUGCCCGAGCUGCAGGGCAAAUUCGGAGUUGUUCUUCAACCCCAGAAAUAUAAAGUCAUUGCCAGGCUCAGGCCAGGCUGGGAAAAUAAGCCACAGAGCCAAGAGUCUGAGUCAGGCUAAGAUGUAAAUUGUUCUUUUUAUACUGUUGACUAUUUUCAGAGAUUUGCUAGUAAAAAAAAAAAAAAAAAAUUAGAACAAAAGAGUUUUGUUUUUACAUAUUGUCUUAACCCUUGUGUUCAGUUUGCAACUUAGCAAUGGAUAUACUGUUAAUGGGUUGUAUAGACUUUGGGCAGCUGAGAUAGUAAAUAAUUUUGGAAAUGGCCAGUCUUGAAUACAUCUGUUUUUGGGGAACAGUAAAAACACACAAACCCACUUCUCAUGCCUGGAGUCGCUCCUACUAGCAGGUGUAUGUAACCAGGUAUGAGUGUAAAUAAGACAUGAAGGUAAUGUAAUAAUAAGUGAAUUAACCAAUUUGUUUUAUUUUUGUAAAAAGCAGUUGGUAUUGAUAUAUAGAUUGAUAUUUCACUAGUUUUAUGUUUUAUUCUUGGGCCAAACUGACCAGAAAAUAACCGGUGUAAUAUAUGCAAUAUAAUCCUUUUUGAUGUUCAGUAGAGAAAAAUGAGCUAAUCAGCUAUAGAUCACAAGCCAAUAUCAUGGUGUGGCUUUUGAUUUCAUUAUUUACACAAUAUGAACAACAGUUUUCAUUUUUUCCCCAAAGGCUUCAGAGGUGUUGUCCUGUUUGUCAUAUUUGUCUGAAUUUAGAGAAUAUAACCAUGAGUAAACAGUUAUCACAAAACAA